CAGACAAAAAAAAAACAGACGCUAAAACUUGUGUGCGUCUCAAACUCUCAAACAUCCGUUUUUUCUUCUUCUUCUUCUUAGUCACUUUGUCUUUGUCUCUCUUCUCACAUACAAGUGACACAACAUUAUACAUACAUAUAUGGAUCAAGGAGGUCGUAGCGGUGGCGGAGGAGGAGGAGCCGAGCAAGGGAAGUUCCGCGGAGUAAGGAGACGUCCUUGGGGAAAAUACGCAGCAGAAAUAAGAGAUUCGAGGAAGCACGGAGAGCGUGUGUGGCUAGGGACAUUCGACACCGCAGAAGACGCAGCUCGAGCCUAUGACCGAGCGGCCUAUUCAAUGAGAGGCCAAGCCGCUAUUCUCAACUUCCCUCAUGAGUAUAACAUGGGAACCGGAUCCUCCUCCACCUCGGCUAACUCUUCUUCUUCGUCUAGGCAAGUUUUUGAGUUUGAGUACUUGGACGAUAGUGUUUUGGAUGAACUUCUUGAAUAUGGGGAGAACUAUAAUAAGACUCAUAAUGUCAACAUGGGUAAGAGGCAAUAA